AUGACCAGGUGGGGAUAUACACCAGCAGCACUACCACUUAACAACCACUCCUUACAUCCCACACCUACUUCAACCAUCCAACACCAACUUCAACCAUCCAACACCUACUUCAACCAUCCAACACCAACUUCAACCAUCCAACACCUACUUCAACCAUCCCACACCAACUUCAACCAUCCCACACCUACUUCAACCAUCCCACACCUACUUCAACCAUCCAACACCUACUUCAACCAUCCAACACCAACUUCAACCAUCCAACACCAACUUCAACCAUCCAACACCAACUUCAACCAUCCCACAUCUACUUCAACCAUCCCACACCUACUUCAACCAUCCCACACCUACUUCAACCAUCCAACACCAACUUCAACCAUCCCACACCAACUUCAACCAUCCAACACCAACUUCAUCCAUCCAACACCUACUUCAACCAUCCCACACCAACUUCAACCAUCCCACACCUACUUCAACCAUCCCACACCUACUUCAACCAUCCCACACCUACUUCAACCAUCCCACACCUACUUCAACCAUCCCACACCUACUUCAACCAUCCAACACCAACUUCAACCAUCCCACACCAACUUCAACCAUCCAACACCAACUUCAACCAUCCAACACCUACUUCAACCAUCCAACACCAACUUCAACCAUCCCACACCUACUUCAACCAUCCAACACCAACUUCAACCAGCCAACACCAACUUCAACCAUCCAACACCAACUUCAACCAGCCAACACCAACUUCAACCAUCCAACACCAACUUCAACCAUCCAACACCUACUUCAACCAUCCAACACCAACUUCAACCAUCCCACACCUACUUCAACCAUCCAACACCAACUUCAACCAGCCAACACCAACUUCAACCAUCCAACACCAACUUCAACCAGCCAACACCAACUUCAACCAUCCAACACCAACUUCAACCAUCCAACACCUACUUCAACCAUCCAACACCAACUUCAACCAUCCCACACCAACUUCAACCAUCCAACACCUACUUCAACCAUCCCACACCAACUUCAACCAGCCAACACCUACUUCAACCAUCCAACACCAACUUCAACCAUCCAACACCAACUUCAACCAAGCAACAACCACCCAACUCUCGCCUUCGCCCAAAUUAUUCCGUAUUUUAUGGUAAACAGCCAAGCGCUCACAUCUUACAUUCAUCUCGGGUUUAA